AUGGUGGAACAGGUAGAGAAAUUGACAACUGCUACACCAGAAGAUCAGAUCGAAGAAAAAGAGUUAGAGGAAGGAGAGAUCAUCGAUGACGAAGACGAAGCUGAGUCGUCUACGAAGCUAACCACAAAGACCUUAAAACACCCACUCGAACACUUGUGGACUUUCUGGUUCGAUAGCCCUUUGGCAAAAUCGAGGCAGUCCUCUUGGGGAAACUCCCUCAAGUCAAUCUACACCUUCUCCACCGUCGAAGAAUUCUGGAGCCUUUACAAUAAUAUACACAAUCCAAGCAAGUUGGCUGUUGGAGCAGAUUUCUAUUGUUUCAAGAAUAACAUACAACCCAAGUGGGAGGACCCUAUUUGUGCUAACGGAGGAAAGUGGACUGUGACCUUUGCUAGGGGGAAAGCUGACAUCUGUUGGCUCCAUACGUUGCUGGCAAUGAUUGGAGAACAAUUUGAUCAUGGAGAUGAAAUCUGUGGAGCGGUUGUCAAUGUCAGAGGGAAGCAGGACAAAGUGGCUAUUUGGACCAAGAAUGCUGCAAAUGAAACAGCUCAGGUUAGCAUUGGGAGGCAAUGGAAGGAGUUUCUCGAUUGCAAUGACAAUAUUGGGUUCAUAGUUCACGAUGAUGCAAUGAAGCAUGACAGAGCUGCCAAGAAUCGCUACAACGUAUGA